UGUCAUUUAAAAAGCACACUACAAUAAUUCAGUGACAACAAUGUUCAGUAUUACAUUUGUGUGCGCAGUUAGCUUGGUGAAUUUUGUUGCCUCUAAGAAAAAUGAAAUAGAAGAAACUUUUUCUCUAGAAGUAAAGGAAAAUGAAGAGGCCAUAUCUAGGCAAAAGUUCGUUUCUGAACAAGAACGAUUUCAUCAACUUAUAUACGAAAUAUGUAGUAUUGAUUCUGGACACGAGAAUGUCCCAAAACAGAAACCUCAAGGACCUUAUGAUUCGAAAUUAAAUUUAAUCGAAAGACAAACCCUAGAACAACAACUAUUCGAUUUCAAUAUGUCGAUAAUAUUUCCAGGUACUAAAUGGUGUGGAACAGGAAAUAUAGCAAAAAACGAUGAUGAUUUAGGAAUAUUGAAUGGAACUGAUAGUUGUUGUCGAUUUCAUGACAAAUGCAAACCUGAAAUCCUCGCAGGCGAAAGUAAAUAUGGUUUGGAAAAUGAAAGCCUUCUAACCAGAAAGGGUUGUACAUGCGAUGAACAGUUCCACUCUUGUCUCCGUAAAGACGGAUCGGCCUCUUCGAUACUAGUGGGAAGAAUGUAUUUCGACAUUCUUCAAAAUAAAUGCUUUAUUUGCGAGGGAGAUGAUCCGAGUGACAUGCAAUGCCAAUACUACGAUGCCACACCGUUUGAGUAGGACGCUAAGUUAUAAAUGCGCAAUAAUUUUGUAAGAUUUCAAUCUCGAUUAAUAAAGAUAUUUAAAG